AUGGAAGUAGUCACUUUUAAGGAGGAAGACCAUCCAUCUCAGCAGACUGCCAGUGAUCUGACUAAGAAGAUUUUAUCUUUAUACCCAGCUGGGAGCCUGGAAUUCUCACAGAGGUCUCCCUCGGCAAGGUGCUGUGCUUGGCAAAGCAGAUCCCUGGAGUCCAUGCCAAACGAGAGCAGUUCAGAAGUCUCAGAACAUGUGCAGCUUCCAGAUUCAGGGAUAAGCACUGAACCAUUGCUUCAGUCUGCAGAGACCCCUACAGAAAACCUUUCCAGACAAGAUACUCAAGAAGAGAACAGAAAAGAAAAGAAAGGGAGCAAUCAAUUAAAAGAAAGGGGUUUCUCUGAAACUUUUUCUGCUGCUAAAGAAGAACAAGGAGAACAACUAAAGGAGGAGAUUUCUUCAUCUCACUUUGGCAUAGAGGGGAAGAUAAAGACUGGAAAUAUAGAAGCCAGGUGAGAAAUUAUCAGUCAUGGUGCUGGACAGAAGACUUCUGAAAAAUUUGUUGAAAACCAACUUAAAACUUUUCUCAUAUAAAAACAGCAAAAGGAGCAACAGAGCAAGCCAAAUAUAACACCUCCAAAGGUUUUUCUGAAAUGAAGAGAGGGCAUGGCAAGGCUCAGAAAAAUUAAACAGGAGCCUUUAAAAGAAGACAGCAAGCAUUCCACCAGAAGAGCUGGUUUGAAUUACUGGGGUAGUUUCUCCUAGUCUGACCAAGUGAACAGAGGCAUACUGCAGCCAGGGCAAUGCUCUCAGUGAAAUCUGCAGGUCAGUAGCUCCAUGCAGAUGGAUACACAUGAAAAAAAAGCAGACUGUGCUUUGGCUGACAGGGAGAGAAAGGUUAAGAAUGACUGUGAAACAAAAGUAGUUGAGCAAAGUGCAGAAGAAAAAUAAGUGAUUGGGGGAGAUGAAGACUCAAAGGAAAAUCUUGGUGACUCACCACAGAGAAGAUGGCCUGAAAUCCUGCAGCCAUGUCCCAAAACAGUGACAGAUACAAACCUACAAGCAGGUGAGGAAAUGGAGAUUCAUCAUAUGAAUCUUCUAGAAGCAGGCAAAACUGCUGGCAGAUCUGUGGAGGGCAGUCUGCAAAAGGACCUAGGUAGGGUGGAUCAGCCUACCUAGGAAGGUCAUCUCACAGAGGGAGCAUAAACAACCUAGGAAGUCCUCCAGAGGCAUUAUGCACUCCAGGAUGUAGAUACAGAUCACAUCCAGGAGGCAGAGUGGAGCGCAGGUCCUGCGUUCCAGAAGGGGGUUCACGUCUGCCCACAGGAAGUUGUUGUGGGGAGCCAGAACUUGGAAAGCCAAAGGCAAAUUCUACUAGGUUAGAUGGUCAAUGACAAGACAAUAGCAAUUACUUGUAGCUCACCUGAGGCUGUGGAGAAGGGAAUCUCACCCUCAGCCUUGCAGUAAGAAUGGCAAAGAAAGGGAACAGUUGACUCAACAUGGCAAGUUACAUUGUCCUGUGAGUCAAGCUGCUUACUCCCAAAAAGGGAUGAUGACCCCAAAUCUCACCAUGCUCAAUAUCCCUCCCAGCAAGUGCCUCAGGGAGUAGAUCACACUGACAGACAUUUGGAUCUUUCUGAUGGUGAUUAUGCUAGUGAUGAACCCAGUGAACAGAAAAAAAUCUCUGUUAGGAAAUACAGCAGAUCAUCACCAAGAAAACAAUAUAUUCAAGCAAUUUCAGGUCAACAAGAUAUCUCCAGCAGAAGCAGCAGUGAUUCUAGUGCUGGAGCUGUCAGUCUGAAAGGGAGCAAGGCUUGCUCUUCUUUUCAGCAGUCCCUGUUUCAUCUCACAGGAUUGAAAAGGAGAGAGAAUGAGCUUGAGUCAAAGAAUGGGAAUAGGGACAGCAAUGUUAAAAGCUUACAUCUGCCAUCUUCAAAAGUGGAGAUUCCUACUUUCAAAAUUAAAGAAACCCCUGAAGUGGAGGCACUACAGAAAAAAACCUGUUUGCAGACAUAUUAGGUUCUGUGUAUUAUCAUAGAUACCUGUCCAGAAGAAACCUGGAACAUCCUUAGCAGAGGAUCAGAGACUGAUGCACACCACAGAAGAAUCCCUUCACUGACUGUGAUGAGAAAAGAACAUGAGGAAGCAACACAUUUUUGCAGAACAUGAAUAGACCAGCUCGAGACUGUCAGGAGCCAGGAGUUGACUCACCCUUUGGAAUACAAUAGAGAUCAAGCUCACUAGAGAGAAAAAAUUGCCCAGAGCAAGUUCAAAGGAACAGCUAGAGUCACUGGAGAAUAUGUGAAAUCAGAAGAAAUGCAAAUGUUAAAACAGCAGAUUGCUGGACUGCAGGAGGAGUUCAAGAGAGCUGAGUCCUACUGGCAUGCUGCCUGCAGCAAACUGAGAGACCAGGCUGAGCUGCUGACCAGGCAGAAUUUGGAGCUUCGAGAUGAGCUCAGAGCUUCACAACAUCAGAGACAGAAAGCAGAAAAAACCCCCAAAGCUAAAACUUUCAUGGACAGAAAAUCAGAGACCCUGAUAGCAAAAGCUAUUCUGUGAGGGACAGCAUCUUCAUCCCCACCAGAAGAAAGCUCAUCUCCAUGAUAUUCCAAGAGCCACAUCAUCUUUCACAUGGGGCUGAAGACAUCUUUGCAAAAACAUUUCCUUAGAGAUGUGAAUAAUAAAGAGUGCAUCCCUGUUACCAGGACACCUUUGUCCAUUUCAUACAGCACAGAAGACACCUUCCUCUCACAUAACUGCAGGAAAGACAAUUGCAGCUUUGUACCCUGCAAGAACAAUGAAGAAACAGAGGAAGAGGCUCUUAAAAAGACAAGAAAAUUGCUUAGAGCUCAGAAUAAAGUGUCUUUUGUGACCACACACACGAGAAAUGGCAUAACUGCAUAUGACAGCAAAGUAUCUACAGACAGUUCUCCUGCUUUUCUGGGCGAUGAAGUAAAGGAUUUCAUAAUAUAACCUCCAAAAUCAAUAUUAUCUAGAAGGUCAAAGUUACAUCAAUAAAGGAGAAAGCAUGGGGAAGAGGUGCAGGAAAAAAUAGAGUAUCAGGAUGGAAAGGUAGAAGAGGUGCUUUCUGGUGGACACCAAAUCCUCACUUUCUGUGAUAGUAUAAAGGAGAUUGAUGAAAGGAUGACAAUGAUCAGCUUUUCCAAUGGAGAUGUAAAGAAGAUCACACCAGAUCAGAAGGUGAUUUAUUAUUAUGCAGAUGCACAGACAACUCACACUGCUUAUCCAGAUGGCCUGGAGGUGCUGCAGUUCCCUAAUAUUUAGAUAGAAAAACAUUAUCCUAAUGGCACACAAGAAAUUGUGUUCCCAGAUCACACAGUGAAAUGCCUCUACAGUGAGGGACUGAAGGAAACUUUUUUCCCAGAUGUCACAGUACUAAAAGUAGAAAAGAACAGAGAUAAACUAGUGGUAUUCAGUGAUGGCCAAAGGGAGAGUCACACUGCACAGUUCAGGAGGAGGGAGUGCCUGGAUGGCACCAUGAAAACGCUGUUCUGCAAUGUCAGACAGGAAACCAAAUUCUCCACUGGAUGAGUCCAAAUGAAAGAUGAGGAGGAUAAUCUCAUCCUAGAGAAGUGGUGA